UCAUAUCAGACAACAUGUAUGACACAUACAUCAUAUCAAACUACAUGUAUGACACAUACAUCAUGAAAGGCUAACUGUAUGACACAUGCAUAAUGUAAUUCUACAUGCGCAUGACUCAUACAUCAUGUCAGACUACAUGUAUGACACAUACAUCAUGUUAGACUACAUGUAUGACACAUACAUCAUGUUAGACUACACGUAUGACUCAUACAUCAUGUCAGACUACACGUGUGACACAUACAUCAUGUUAGACUACAUGUAUGACACAUACAUCAUGUUAGACUACAUGUUUGACUCAUACAUCAUGUCAGACUACAUGUAUGACUCAUACAUCAUGCCAGACUACACGUAUGACACAUACAUCAUGUUAGACUACAUGUAUGACACAUAUAUCAUGUUAGACUACAUGUAUGACACAUAUAUCAUGUCAGACUACAUGUAUGGUACAUACAUCACGUCAGACUACAUAUCUGACACAUACAUCAUGUUAGAUUACAAGAAUGACACACACAUCAUGUCAGAUUACAUGUAUGGUACAUAUACAUCAUGCAUCAUUACAUCAUAUGAAUGUUCUGGUCAACGGUUAUUUAAUACACUGACAGCAUCAAGUAUUGCUUGGGGAGUACUCUGGGUAAUAGUUGAUUCACUUAUAUCAGCAAAUAUUUCAUUUGUAUCUUGUCUAAUGACUUCAGAGAUAGUCUGAGGAAUGUCUUUGACUGGUUCACCCAACUCACUAGUAAGACUGUUCAGUUGUUCUAGUUCAGAUGUGAUUUCACCAUUAUGGAUAUCCCCAUUACCCUGGUAUAAGAGGUCAUCUGGCAGACUGGCUAUGUCUUGGAGAAAUGAUGCAAAGAAAUCAUCAUGCAUACCAAAUGUUGC